UUCUAACUUGCAUGCACCGAACGCGUGUACGCCUCAUUCAAAGUGGCCUUGAAAGGCCGUCUGCUCGCACAGCGCCGUGGGUGCGUUAAGCUAUACGACACUAGAUAUAUUGUGAUGCCAUCCACACGAGAGCAUACUCACCACCUAAACGUAUACUACGCGAGGCAUUCUGAGUCCCAGUAACUGUGGACACCAAUGCUUGCCAACGCCAACGCCAACGCCAAUGUCAGGCCGGUCCCUGCUGCCAAGGCCUACCGGCCGUCACCGCUGUUUCGCUUCAGCACCAGCGUCAUUGGCAUGCUCAAGGCGCAGCCUAGCGAAGCCGAAGCGUCUGUUCUUCCUGCCAGUGAGAGCCGACCAUUAAGCGACAGUCCAACAAGCUCUGUCACUUCUCUGCCACUGGUGCCGUCAGCCGAACCGCCGAAAGAGAAGGAAAAGGACGAUGUCGCGUCUAGGUUAGUCGUCGAACUGCGUCGUAAGCUGCAAGACGCCGAGGCGACCAUCGCUACAAGAGACCAGUCCGUCGCAUCUUUGCAAGAACAGGAGAAGGCUCUGAAUGCGUCAUUGGAGGAGGCACGCUCAGAGGUUGAGGUGCAGAAGACGGCAGUGGAGCUUCUGAAGGACGAAAAAAGCGCUGUGGAGAAGAGCCGUGCGGACAUUCAACAGCAGCUGACCAGCAUUCACGAGGACUUUGAACGGUGUCGCGUCGAGUUGACUGACGCUAGACGAGAGCGUGACGAUGCCAGGGCUGAUGUCUCGGCUAAGACGGCGGAGACGGAAGCCGAACACUCUGCUUGCAUCACAGUGGGGCAACAGCUUGAAGCGGUCCUGGCGGAGAAACGCGGGCUGGAAGCCACGAAUCUGCAGAUCCAGUCCGAGUUCGACGCGAAGAUCACUGAGCUCCAGAACCUUUCCGUUCAGACGGAAGAUCUCGCAUCUAAGUUCGCAGCACUGCAAGCAGAAAGCGACCGCAAAACGUCCCGGAUAGAAGAGCUUGAGGUGGAUCUAGAGGCAUCCAAUCAAGAGCGGGAAGCGAUCGACCGACAGCGCAUUGCGGCUGUGGAACAAGUCCACUCCCUCGAGGGGCAGCUGGAGGAAGAGACGACUGCGGUCCGGCGAGGGAUGGAGGAACUUCAGCGAAGAGAAGAAGACCUGCGAGUAUCACAGGACAUCGCACACGAUCUGCAAGUACAGCUUCAAGAAAUGCGUACAGCGGCCGAUCGUACGGAACAAUUCCGGCAGAGUCUCGAGCUAGAGCUCCACAAGACUCGUCAAUGCGCGUCUGAAGCUUUGAACUCUGCCCUUCACGAAUGCGAGAUGCUGAAGGCCCAGGUGAACGAAGCGAGGCAGCGCGCUGUUGCCGCGGAGAGAGCAGUGGACGAGGCGCGGAGGCGGAUGAAGCAAGCACGCGAUGAGGAUCCGGAUGUGCUCCAACUGCGGAGCGAGUUGGUGAGCACGCGUAUAGCAUUCUCGACGCUGCGGGACCAAUUCAGGGUGUUGAGUCGGCACGCGACGAAUCUUGAGGAGGCUGCGAGGCGUAGGACGCAGGAGAGUGGGUGCGUAGUCCAAUAAGGGGACAUCUAUUUCCGCGAGCACUCCCCCCCAACUAAGUUAGAGCAAUCUGCGAACUUACCGGGCUCUGCGGAGCUGAGCGCAGACGCUGUAUUGUGGCUUGCCGGUGAUCGUUGAUUGCCCGACGCCCAUAUCUGCAAGCUGGUACUACUUCUAACCACCCCUCACCAGGAACUUUGUUUGAGAAACACUCCAUUCACAGCAUGUAUUACCUUGCAUCAUACGUAUUCAGCACAUCGUCACACGUAUCACAUGAGAACACAAGUUCCGAG